AUGAUUAAUUGUGAAAAUUCAUUAACAACUAAAAAUAAUUCACAAUAUCGUAAAGAUUUUUUAAGAAAAUUUCGAUUCGACAAUUCAUCAUGGUUAUUUUCAUGUAAUAAUCAUAAAUAUAAAGAAUGUUCUAAGAAGAAAAUCACACUACAAUUCACGGAACAAUUACAAAUAGAGUCUACAUUGAACUUAUUAGAUAACAUUGAUCCCGAUCAACUAUACUGUAUCCUAACUGAAGUGAUUCAUCAAUUAUUCAAUACAAGUCGUUUUGUAUCUAUUCAACAACUGGAUUCAUCAAAGUUGGAAUUAAUAAAUAAUAUUGGAACUUUCACAAUUGAUCAUUCAUUAAUUUUAAAGCAUCGAAAUGAAUGGAAAACACAUUCUACAGGAAAAUCUAGUACAAAAUCUAUUCAUAAUAAAACACAUAAUUGUAUUGUAUUCAACUUUAGUAAUGAGGCAAUAUCAUAUGGUAAUAAUGUGAAAAGUUUUGUAGUCAAGGUAAAUCAUAUCAAAAAUACACAAUUACGUAAUUUAUUAUUACUCAAUAAAGAUACAAUUAAAAAAGAAAACUAUGUGGUUAUUUGCAUAAUACAUGAAAAUGGCAAUUCAAUGAAUGGGAUUCUAAUAUCGUUUAUUGUUAAAACAUUUUUGGACAGUGAUAGAAAAUCAUUGGAAAUGUUUACUGUUAAGUUAAAGACACUCAAUGAAGUAAUCAAGAAGUAUGUGAUGAAAUCAUCAAUGGAACUUCAAUAUAACUUACAAAAUAAUUAUUCCAUUCUUUUAGAAGAACUCAACUAUCCCAAUUUAGUUACUCUAUCAAAGGAUCUAUUACAUCAGAUAAUUGAGAAAACGAAUUAUACAAAUUGUGUGUUAAUAUUCAGUACAGAUGAAUCUAAUCAGUUAUUAUGUAUAGCUUCAUCAGAUGAGUUAUUUACAGGUCAAUUGAAAAUAGAUGUUGAAAAACCUCUACUCGAAAAUAAUUCACCUUUAUUCAAUGAUUCAACCAUACAAGAAAUUGAACAGAUCGAUAUAAUUGAUAUUAUUCAAAGACUAUUCAAUGAUAAACCAUCAGAAUUGUUAUUUCAAUCUAAUCAAAAGAAAUUCAUCUUCUAUCAUCUUGGCUCAUUUCUUAAACAGAAUACCAUUCUAUCCAAUAUAACAACUAUAGAUAAUAAUGAUAAUAAUCCUAUUGUAAAUGUUUCUAUCAUACUUUGUUUAUGGUCUAUAUGUUCCAUAGAUUAUUUAACUAAUGAAAAUGACCUAACUAUUGGUUCUCAGAAAAUCCAUGCUGAAAUUAUGGACCUAAUAGAUAGAUACAAAGGAAAAUUAUUGAUUACGUACAAGCUUCAAUAUUUUUAUAAUCUAAAACUGUUUAAUGACAUUCUACAUAAAGAAACAUUAAGACUUAGUUGUAUUAUGAAUCAUAGAAAUUUAUAUGAAAAUGUUGCUGAUAGUUUAAAGAAAUUAAUCAACUAUGAUUGUAUAUCAAUUUAUCAUUUUGAUAAAAAUGAACAAGAAUGGAUUGAAGAAUUAAAACAGUAUCCAAUGGAAAAACAAGUAAGUAAUCCAUUUCAAGUAAAAGAGAUCAACAUGGAUCUUAGAACUUUGACAAUAGAUUCAAUAGAUUCUAUCAUUAAAUCUAUUAAUCAACUUGAUUUAAAUGUAUACUUGAUCCAUUUGUUCUUCCAUAAUAAUGAUCCAAAUCAUUUAACCCUAAUAGAAUUUCAUAAAUUGAACAAUGAUCAACGAUUUUCUAAAUAUGAGAAAUAUUUAUUAUCAAAUUAUAUUACUGAUUUCUUAAUGGUUAUAAUGCCUCAAGUUUACUUAAACAAUGAACUACACAUAAUGCGAAACAGAAAUGAAAUAAACUCUGAACUGGUUGCCUAUCAUAUGAAAAUCUCGGAUAAUGAAAUUGCUCAAUUGAUUGAUCAUAAAAUUCAUAGUUUAACUCAAAUACAUCCAAAUUUCAAUGAAUUAUCUUUUCUUUCAAGAAGUGUUAAUGAAAGGGAUUCUACUGUAGCUAUCAUGAUUAUGUUUAAUAAUCUUGGUUUUAUAAAACAAUGGAAUAUAUGUCAAUCUAAAUUAGCAUGUUUUAUAUUAACAAUAAAGAAUAAUUAUCGUCAACCAACAUAUCAUAAUUGGACACAUGCAUUUACAGUUGGACAUAUGGCUUAUCUAAUAUUAACUAUUGAAAGAGCAUUAAUUCAUCAAUAUUUAGAUGAAAUGGAACAAUUAGCAUUAUUUAUUGGAGCAUUAUGUCAUGAUAUUGAUCAUCGAGGAUUUAAUAAUCAUUAUCAAACACUUAUUCAUUCUCCACUUGAUGCUGUUUAUGGUUAUAAAGGAUCUAUACUAGAACAUCAUCAUAUUGAUCAAACAAUGAGAAUAUUAAAUAUGAAAGAUUGUAAUAUAUUAAGUCAAAUGACUAAAAUAGAAUAUGAAAGAUUUAAAUUAUUAUUAAAACAUAUUAUAUUAGCUACAGAUUUAUAUCAACAUAUUUCAAUCAUCCCUGAACUCAUUCAAUUAUCCAAUGUAUCCUAUGAUCCAUUCAAUAGACAACAUCAUGAAUUACUUUUAUCUAUUCUAGUUACAUCAUGUGAUUUAAAUGAUCAAUGUAAACAUUGGUUGAAUACACUUGAUACAGCUAAAUUCAUUUAUUAUGAAUUUUUUCAUCAAGGUGAUUUAGAAAAAUCAUGGAAUACACUCCCUUUAUUAUCAUCAUUUGAUAGAGAGAAAGCAUUUAUACCAGAAUUACAAAUACAUUUUAUUGAUUCAAUUGUUCUACCAUGUUUUAAGAUAUUGUCGAAGUUUUUACCAAAAUUUCAAUCCACUCUUUAUACUAUUCAUAAGAAUAAAAAAAUUUGGCAAAUUCUAUUUGAAAAAUUUAAACAAAAUCAAUUCAUAAAUUAUACAAACGAUUUAUUAUUUAAUAAAUAUUAUAAUAAAUUAAUAGAAGAAUAUCUAUGA